UUUUUCGCUGAUUGGGUUGACUCUUUCGUCUCUCUGUCUACAUCAUCAGGACCUUCUCAUUAGGUGGUGUUCAUAUUUUGAUUAUAAAAGAAAAGAAUAAUUUUAAUUUAAAUGAUUAAUAUUAAAUGAUUACAAUCAGUAUUUUACACCUUAAUUGUUGUUUUAUUGUUCAAUUUGUUUAUUUAUUUUCUACAUCCAUCCAUCCACCAUGUCCGGAGAUUCUAUGAAUGUAUAUGGUUCGUAUAUUGAUGAUUCUUAUGUUGGUGAUUUUUCUGGUGAAGUGACUAAUCCAGAGGUGAUGAUUGAUGAGGUGGUAGGUGGUGUUCUUGAAUUUAGCUUCGAUUCAUUUGGACCUGAAUCAAUGAUUUUCCCUAAAAAUGGUGAACCAAGUGAGGUUGAAGAUAAUUCAAAUUCUACAAAUUAUAAUAAUACCGCUACAAAUCAACCCGUUGAAUUUUUAAAACGUAAUACAUCUUUAACCCAAAGUCAACGAAGAAAAAUUCGUCCCAAGAUUGAUAUUCAAGAGAUUUUUAAUUCUUCAGAUGAAACAAGUGCCCAUGAUGAUUCAACGGUUAACAAUUUAAUUGAAAAUGAAACUUCAAAGGAAGAUUUAGAUGAUGUUGAUGAUGAAGAUGAACAAUCUUCUCAUCAUUCUAAUUUCAAUACAAAUCCAGAUAUUAAAUCGCAUGGAAAUAGUAAUACCUCUUCUACACAAGCCAAUUCUUAUUCAAAUACCAAAGAAGAUAAUUAUUUUAAACAUGAUACACAUUAUCUAGAUUCAUCGCCUGUAUCUACAAAAGAGGAAUUGGAAGAUACUUUACAAAAGCAAGGAUCAUUUGCCAAAAAGAAGAUACCAGUUAAUAAGGAACUCUUAUCAAAUGAUGAUAUGAUAAUCGAUUUUCCGCCUUCUCAUCAAGAACAAGAAGUGAGUCGGGUUCCAGAAUUAACUGUCCAAGAAGAAAUGAAUGAAACUCGAAGUUGGAGAGAAUCUUGUCCAAUUGGUGACAAGGGUGAAGUUAAAAAAAUUGACCUUAAAGUUAUUGAACCUUAUAAGAAAGUCCUCUCCCACGGAGGCUACUAUCAUCAUUACAAUUCUGCUCAACUAAGUAAAAAUAAUACAAAUCCAAGCCCUGGUCCUGCAAUUAUCAUUUUCUCAGCCUGUUAUCUCCCUGACAGAUCGAGAAAGGAUUAUGGUUAUGUUAUGGACAAUUUGUUCAUGUAUGUUUUAACAACUCUCCAUGAAUUGGUUGCUGAUGAUUAUAUCCUUAUUUACUUUCAUAAUGCCGGAUGUGCUGGAGUCUCAAGCAAUAAUAUGCCUACUUUUAGUUGGUUAAAACGCUGUUAUACAAUGAUUGAUAAAAGAUUGAGAAAAAAUUUAAAGUCACUCUUUCUGGUUCAUCCAACUUUUUGGUUAAAAACUUUUGUAAUUAUGAUAAAACCUUUCAUAAGUUCUAAAUUUUCAAAGAAACUUAAAUUCGUGAGCACACUUGCUGAGCUCAAUGAUCUUGUGCCCAUUGAAAGUACAGUUAUUCCUCCUCCGGUUAAACAAUACGACGAAGUGGCCUCUAACCUUGAAAAAAACCAAGACUAAUAAUUUACAAUUAUCAUAAUUAAAUUAAUUAAUACCAAUAACAAUUAACUCGAUUAGGCUUAGGCUUCUAUUAACCUCUUUUUUUGGGAUAAAUUUAUGUGACCAUUUUACUUAACUAUUAAUAAUAUAUCAAUGUUUCAUUUAUAAUGAAAAAAAAAGAUAAUACAAUUUGUCUGUUAUUGAUUAAUCCAGGAAAUUGAGAAGAUGAAAACAUUUAAAUUAUAAUUAAAAAAUUAAUAUCUAAUUAAUCCAAUUCAAAAUCAUUGGCAAUGAUAAGUUAAAUAUUAAUUAACAUGAGAAAUGUUUUCAUUUCCUACUUUUCCAUUUUCCUGCUUUUACCUAAUCUUUUGCUACUGCUCUGCUUUCAAGUUGUUAAUUGCUACUAAUUUAAUAGUAAGCUAAUUGUUUAGUUUCUAAUUGACUAAACAUUAUUUAUAAUAAUAAUAGUUUUAUCAAUGAAAACAAAUGACAAUAAAACAACAACAACUCCCAACCUUUAUAAUAAAUAAAUAGGAUUUUAGUAAACAAAAUGCUAAAUCUUAAUCAUUAUCACCAGCGCCACUCUCUCAUGAUAAUUACUAUUAGUUUCUUUCAAUUUUUAAUUGCUUGCUAAAUUAAUUUACUAAAAACAUAUUAUAUUUACCAUCAUCAAUACAUAUUACAAU